ACUUUUUGUCCUCGACCACUUCCUAUCCCCAGUUAUCCCUUCCACCUAUCAAUCGACAAAGAAAGAACAAUAACCAGCCAUGGGUAUCCUUGAAAAGAUCAAAGACAUCGAGGAGGAGAUGGCUCGUACCCAGAAGAACAAGGCAACAGAAUACCACCUGGGUCUCCUCAAAGCCAAACUCGCAAAAUACCGUGCUCAACUCCUCGAACCAACGACCAAAUCCUCCAAACCCGGAGAAGGAUUCGACGUGCUGAAGUCCGGAGAUGCACGAGUCGUGUUUAUUGGGUUUCCGUCGGUUGGUAAAUCGACCCUGUUAUCAAAGAUUACGGAGACGAAGAGUGAGGUUGCAAGUUAUGAGUUUACGACGUUGACAGCGAUUCCGGGUGUAAUCAACUACCACGGCGCCGAAAUCCAAGCCCUCGAUCUCCCCGGAAUCAUCCAAGGUGCCUCCCAAGGAAAAGGUCGCGGACGACAAGUCGUGGCUGUUGCGAAGACUGCGGAUGUUAUUUUGAUGGUUUUGGACGCAACGAAGAGUAGGGAGCAAAAAGCGCAGUUGACGGCGGAGUUGGAGGCGGUUGGCAUUAGGCUGAACAGACCGAAACCUGAUAUCGUUUUCAAAAUUAAGAAGGGGGGGGGGAUUACGUUCAACACGACCUGCAAAUCGUUAACGUAUAUGGACGAGAAGAUGGUGAUGAAUAUUCUGAGAGAUUACAAAAUCCAUAACGCAGACGUGAUGAUCCGCGAAGACUGUACCGUGGAUGAUUUUAUCGACGUCAUCAUCGGCACGAGAAAAUACGUUAAAUGUCUUUACGUCUACAACAAAAUCGACGGAAUCUCCAUGGAAGAGCUCGAGCGUCUCGCGCGGGAACCACACACCGUCGUCAUCUCCUGCGAAAUGAAUCUCAAUCUCGAACACCUCGUCGACCGAAUCUGGGAAGAACUGGGACUCCUACGAGUUUACACGAAGAGGAAGGGGAAGGCGCCGGAUUUCAGUGAUGCGUUGAUUGUGCGGGAGGCGAGUAGUAUCGAGAAUGUGUGUCAUUCGAUUCAUAGGACGUUGGCGGAGCAUUUUAGGUAUGCGCUUGUUUGGGGGGCGAGUGCGAAGCAUAGUCCGCAGAGAGUGGGGUUGACGCAUAUGGUGGCAGAGGGAGAUGUUGUCAGUAUUGUGACAAAGUAGGACAGUUAGAGAGAAUGGAGCUUUCGCAUCGGAGUGGUGAUGCUUUAUAAAAUGAGGUUCUGUAGAGCACUUCCGCGAACCUUCGUGACGUCUUCGAGUCCCUGCCUUUCUUACUG